AUCUGGGUCUAUUCUUUGUGACUCGUCCGACAAGAAGCCAUGCUCCGUUUUUCUGUUUUAGUGGUAUUUUGGGGGGCUGCAAAUGCCGGUGUAUGCCUCCCCGAGUUGUGUGCCCAGGUGAAGCAAGCUCCCCUCAACUGCGCUGGCUCUGUCAUCAAGGGAGGAGGAUUCUGUGGUUGUACCGAUGUCUGUGCCAAGAUGGAGGGAGAUUCGUGUUAUCCCACUUACAGUCACGGUGUGAUGCCCGCGGAGUUGUGUGACACAGACCUCGUUUGCCGCAAGCCCCACACGUUUGGUGCGGGCACCUGUGUCAAGGACUCGCCGAAAAGAUCCACCAAGACUAAAUGUCAACAGAUGAUGAUGGCGUCGUUGAUGACCAUGAUUGUUUACGACGGCAAGUGGACGCCAACCUGUGACGCCGAUGGUAACUUCACACCCAUGCAGUGCGACUUCUCAGGUCACUGUUUCUGUGUGGACUCCAUGGGAGUUAUGCAUGGAAGCAAGGUCCUUGGGAAGGUCAACUGUCCCUCUCAAUAACCACACGACUUUCAUGUACAUUACAGAAAUAAACGUAUCUU